AUGAAUAGAUACAGAAAAAUUGAUACAGUAGAGGAGGCAGUGCAGCGGACAAGGAAGGAGCUACAACAGCGCCUGGACGAGCAGGAGUCUGUCGUGCAGCAGCUCAAGACGGACCUAGAAAAGACAAGUGUAGAGUUGGAACGGGAGCGCAGUGAGGGGGCGGAAAUUGUGCGGCUGGUGGAAGCGUCGACAGAGGCAGAGCUGGCGCAGGUGCGCGCCAGUCUCCACGCCCAGUUGGCCGAGGAGCACCAGAACGUCAUCAAGUUGCGCAGCGAAAGGGCCGCCCUCAGGAAGAACUACGUCACGUGA